GAAACUUUCGUUACACUGUAAAUUUGGAGAUUAUUUACAAAUGGAGCUCCGAAAUCAGUUUGUAUUUGGUUUAAAAAACCAACGCAUCCAAGCAAGGCUGUUGGAAACAGCAAACCUCACGAAGGAUUCAGCUUUAAAAAUUGCAUGCGGAAUGGAGUUGGCAGAGAAGGGCGUUAACAAAUUAAAAGAAGAAAAUCUUGUGGAAUCGACCGUUGACUACAUCGGAGCGGGAGCCAAACAAAAGAAGGCGAAAGGUCGCGAAGAUAGAAAGGCAAAUUCUCGAAAUCAACAACAAGCAGGAUCGAAGAAGGACGCACCGUCAACAAACCGUUCCAUAGUCAAAUAUAAUAAGUAUUCGAAUAACAAGCGUACGAAUUCGAAAAUAAACGAUAUUAUUUGUUAUAGGUGUGGAAAGGCUCAUUUGGCGCCAAGCUGUACCCUUCCUCGGAGCGUAAAAUGCAAUGAGUGCGGAGGUUUUGGACACCUCCAGAAAGUGUGCAAAAAGAAGGGCCAAGCCCAUUUGCUGGAGGAGGUAUUCCGUGUGGAUGAUGGAGAGCAUUUCGAGCAAAGGGCAAAAUUCACCGUGCCGCUUCAAAUCGAAAACAAGCUGGUGAAAUUCGAUGUGGAUUGCGGAUCAGCGGUCACAUUGGUGAGCGAAAAUUAA